AUGACGAUCAUUCCGGAAGUGACGUUAGCGAGAAAGCGGAUGUCUGUAUAGAAGGAGGCAAAGCAGACAGGCCUGUGGGAGUAACAGUGCCAUGGUGGAUUACAGCGUCUGGGACCAUAUCGAGGUGUCCGAUGAUGAAGACGAGACUCACCCCAAUAUCGACACACCCAGCCUUUUCCGAUGGCGGCACCAGGCCCGAAUCGAGAGGAUGGAACAGUUUCAGAAGGAGAAAGAAGAAGUGGACAAAGGGUGUCGGGAGUGCAAGCGGAAGCUAGCUGAGUUUCAGAAGAAGAUAAAAGAGCUUGAGUUGGCCAACGAAGAUAGCACCAAAAGUGAGCUGCAAAGGCUGCAGGCUGAAGCACAGCAACUCAAGAAAGAAGAGAAGACCUGGGAAGAGAAGGUGGAGGAUCUCAGGAAGAAGGAAAAGAACAUGCCUUGGAAUGUGGACACUCUCAGCCGAGAUGGCUUCAGUAAGAGUGUCUUCAAUGUCAAGGGUGAGCAGCAGGAUGAGGAGUCUGAAGAACAGAAAGAGAAGAAGCAUAAAACAUUUGUGGAGAAGUAUGAACAGCAAAUCAAACACUUUGGAAUGCUGCGGCGCUGGGAUGACAGCCAGAAAUGUCUGUCUGAUCACCCAUAUCUUGUGUGUGAAGAAACGGCCAAUUAUUUAGUCAUCUGGUGUAUUGAUCUGGAAGUAGAAGAGAAACACGCCCUGAUGGAGCAGGUGGCGCAUCAGACCAUAGUGAUGCAGUUCAUCCUGGAGCUGGCCAAGAGCCUGAAGGUUGACCCCAGAGCAUGUUUCAGGCAAUUCUUUUCUAAAAUCAAGACUGCUGACCAGCAGUACAUGGAAGGCUUUAAUGAUGAACUGGAAGCCUUCAAAGACCGGGUCCGGGGCCGAGCGAAGGCACGCAUUGAGAGAGCCAUGAAGGAGUAUGAAGAAGAAGAACGGCAGAAGCGGCUGGGGCCUGGAGGCCUUGACCCUGUGGACGUGUAUGAAGCACUCCCAUCUGAGCUCCAGAAAUGCUUUGAUGUGAAAGAUGUGCAGAUGCUUCAGGAUGCUAUCAGCAAAAUGGAUCCUGCUGAAGCUAAAUACCACAUGCGGCGAUGCAUUGAUUCUGGCCUGUGGGUGCCAAAUGCCCGAACAGCAGAAGGAGCAGGAAAGGAUGACAAGCCAGAAGGUGUCUAUGAGGAAUUUAAGAAGAAGAGCUGUGAAGAAGACAAAGGGAACCAUUGAACCAGAUGUCUUUAAAGCAGAUUGCUCCUGUCAGCCUCUGUCCCUUAUUUCUUUUACACCAAACUGUUCAGCGUUGAUGUGCUUUUACACACUUCAUGAAGUAUAUGAGCUGCUUCCUGACUGGCUCUUUUGCUCACCACAUCGAAACACACCAAGUCCUGCAGAAUUGUCAGGAAGCUGUAGGGAGCCCCAGUGUUACAUUUUAGGGGACGGCAUGCGGCACAGUGCAGGCUCACAAGGGCUUGGCGUAGCAAUUCCACCUUCUCUGUCUUGUGGUAAUGCCAGUUGGUGUCAUAGUUACAAAACUGCUGUUAUAUCUUUUUGUUUGGCAAGCAGUUAAGGCUAUUGAGCAAAUAAAAAGAUUGAAAUA